UUCCGAACGCUCCUGCAUCAGUGGGAGAGCCAGGAGCUCGAGGUUCCUGGAGGGACUGCUACGCCCCAGUGUAUGGUCAGUUUCUAGCUUCAUAUUUACUCCAUAAUGACAUGAACAGUGCACGCCAUCUUUGGGAAAGAAUACCACCUGCUAUACAAUCGGCAAAUUCUGAACGUGGGGGAAUUUGGUCCAGUAGAAGAAAGAAUUCAGCAGAGGCAUUUCCCUGGGAUCUAAGCAACCAUCAAGCUUACCAGGGGUCCGAGCUGGUGCAGCCAAUCACGGAAGCACUGGGAGACGCGCUAAGGAGACAAGCCUUCACCCUGGUCUCCCAAGCAUACACCUCAAUAACUGCCAAAGACUGCACCUUGGUUGGGCUUUCUGUUGGGGCUGUGAAAGGCAUCUCAGAGCAAUGGUGGCUCCACAGAGCUGACUCCGCAACAAGGACGGUGCUGCCCAGAAAACCAGCUGCAGGGGCCCCAGACGUUUCCUUUAACAGACUGAUUCUCUUAUCGGAGCCUGCCCCAGCUCCUCCAGUUCCUAAUGAGCAGCGGGUAGCCAGAUUGACUGACGUGGCUAUCCUUGAAAACUGA